ACGUAAACAAUUUUACUUUUUCGCUUUCUUAAAAUAAUUCAUCGACUGCGUGCAUGUUAAAGAAAAGCAAGCAAAAGUUUACACAACUUUUUUAUAGCGUUUAUAGAAUUCGAGGUAUUUGAGAAGAACCGGUUGGCCACUUUCAGAGAGAUUUUCAUGAUGAGGCCACGGCUAGAAAUGCUACUAUUUAUAGUAGCGUUAGCUACGCACACACGUGGACUCCCCUAUGGAGCCUCGUCACCUCAAUUGCAGACACAAGAUCAAAUUGUCUGGUAUGGUGACAAUCGUGCUUCCCAAAUUCAAAACACCGUCUUUCCUACUUACAAAGAAAACAUUGUUCCGCAACAGACUGGUCAAGCGCAAUUUAAUUGGGAUCAAUCUCAGCAAAACACAUUUGAAGGAUACGAAACGCAUGCAUCAUCAGAAUCGCAAGAGCAAUAUAAUCCCGACUAUGUAUAUCAGUCUUCCGAUCAAACGCUGCAGCCCUAUCCUAAUGCUGUGGAUGAUUUCACUAUCAGUUGCAACGGUCAAAAUAAAAUUUGUGUAGCCAAAAGCUUGUGCAUCGACGGAUACGUACAUCCCUUGAAGCAAGGCUUUAUUCGGCCAGUACAAGUGCAAGAAUGCAAGCUGAGCCACGAAAUAUGUUGCACCGUGCGAUAUGAUUUGACUAACUCGCCAUAUGACAACGACCAAAUUAAUACGGUACUGAAAGAUAAUCGAUAUCCAGAACCCACUCUGGAGAACGAUCAGAGAUACGUUCCGUACGGAGAAAAUAACCAGGCGGAUGUUGCUGAAUUGAAGCCUGAAUUGGGAAGUGAUGCUGAAUUGCAAACCGCGCCAAACAAUGGACAUGCGAUUGAAUCAGCUAAUCAUGCUAAUCAGCUUCGCGGCGAUACAAAACCGACUGAAGAGGCACCGAUUGAUUACAAUCAAAUAGCUGCCGAUACAAAUCAACAAGAACAGUAUCAAACAGGCGAUGCUAGUGCUAGCGAACCAGUUUUUCCUCCACUCAAGUCAGCUCCUACGAAUUCCAAUUCUGCGGUCUUCCAGUUUCCGGUUCAAGCAGGAUGCGCGGCUGCGUUGCUCUGCGUGGAAGAGCAGUACUGUACAUUGGAAGGAGUAAUUAGCCCGGAACCAGUCGCGCUUUCCAGCAAGCAGCUUCUGCGACGUGUUCCGCUAACCAGCUGCAGAAAUUCAGAGACCGGGGUGGUCGGCAAGUGUUGCCGUGAUCCGAAUUACGUAGACCCAUGGCCGACGGGCAAUCUACCAGCCAACUAUACAGGUGGUUUCGACGAGCAGGGCUUUCCAACGUUUCUGAACAUUGCAACGGUGCGACCGCCAAAAAAGCCGGUCACGCAAUCACCUAUCAAGACGAGUCCCAAACCGCCGGCGCCGCAACACGAGCAUUCGCAACCCACGAACGUCGUGCCUCUGGUGCCGGACCAUUCUGACCUAACGCCGCAGCAUGUACCGAUUCCGACCCAGGUUCCUAUAGUGCCGAUCAGCACACCCGUGCCCUUCAUCAAAAAUCCGUACGACAUUCCGAGCAAUCAGGAUAUCAUUACCGUCGUGCCGCAAUUGCCGAAUAAUCCAUGCGGAGUAAGAAAUUACGGCCAACGUCCACCCGGCUUCAGAAUAACCGAUGCGGCUUUCGGUGAGAUCCCAUGGCAAGUGAUGGUCCUGUGGUCAGAGGAACGUAAAAUUUUGUGUUCCGGCGCGCUCAUAUCGUCAGACGUCGUUCUAACAGCUGCCAGUUGCGUAAAUAGAUUUUCACCGAAUGAAUUGUCUGUGAAACUGGGAGAAUGGAAAUUGGGUUACGAACUUAAAUACGAGGAACCACUCCCGUUCGAAAUCAUCCCAGUACGAACGAUUAAAUAUCAUCCUGGCUACGUGCAGGGACUGUCCAGCAAUGAUACCGCAAUAUUACUCCUGGAACACCCCACGACUUUUAAUUUACACAUCAAUACGUUGUGCCUACCUGACGACUAUCAAGUGCAAGAAUCGCAAUGCAUAGUGACGGGAUGGGGUAAAUCAAUAUUACAAGCACAUUACGCUGGAGCCAUUAUGCACAUGGUCGACGUGGAUCUCCUGUCGCACGACGUUUGCCAAAAUCGCGUUUUGGGUGCAGAGUCUCACAUUAACAUCGCGCAUAACGUAAUCUGUGGCAAAGCGCGUAACGACAAUAACAUGUGUCAAGCAGACAUCGGAUCUCCAUUGGCUUGCUACGAUGGCAAUGGAGCAUAUCAUAUUGCCGGAAUUUACAGCCAAGACACUGGAUGCUUGCCUACAAAUCAAGUGGCGACGUUCUCUCCAAUUGACGUUCCCUGGGUGAAACAGAUAAUGUCCGAAACUAAUCUAGAAACUGCACAAACUAUCGAUAAUGGUUACGAUUAUCGGAAGAGUAACUUACCAGCGGGUAAUCAAUAUCUGCCCCCAGUAUAAAAAUGAUGCGGUGUAUAUUUAUACUGUCGUGUAACAUAUUUUUUUAAUACUCACGAGUGUUAAAACGAGGACAGAGGAGUGCUCGCAUAAUUCUCGAUUUAACGUAAUGCUGCCGAAAGUAAUUAAUGGUUUUAAUAGAGUUCAUAUACUAAGUCGCGAGAGAAGGGCCGAGCAAUUGUCAGAAAUAAUUAUAAAUAAUGGAUAGCGUUAUAAAUAAUUUCGUUGCCGAUAUACUCAACUUAUGCUAAAAUAUUUUAUGCUGCAUUUUCGAAUAUUCGAAAUUCUUAUAAUGUAAAAAGAUCCGAUAUAUAAUAGUAAUAGAUAUCUUUUGCUAGAAUUGUUUUGUAUAAUGAACUUAUCGAUAUCGAAAUCGAUAUUAUUUAGUAUCGGAGUAAGAGAGGUCAGAGCAAUAGCGUAUAACAAUAAGAAAAUACAUAAACUCCUAGAUUUUAGACGCAAACGUAUUUAUUUACCUGAUGUAAUGCUAAAAUUUUACAUAUGCAUAUGUAUACUCAUAUAAAGGAAACAUUGUAUAAACGAUAUAUGCUUUUGCGUAAGAUUAAGCUAUAAAGAAAGAUCUGUCAAAAAAUUAUAUUACAUUUAAUAAAUAUUUUCUUAGGAAAAAAUA